GUCAUUGACGUCUUGUUUAGUUGACGAGCAAGAUGGCGUCCAGUGAAGAAGGCUCUACGCAUACGAGAACGAUUCAGAAAAGAGCCAUAAAAACCCAAGAUCAAGCUUGUCAAUUUGAUGCGUCGCUUCUUGAAGAGGAAACAGCCACGUGCGAAGCUUGCAGCCAAAUUUCUUGCACCAGGGAUGCUUUAGAAAGUUGUUAUUCACAGCCUCAYGUUAUACAGCUUGAUCCAGAAGGACACGUCCAAAGAACUACAGUAAUAAGGGUAGUGCCCGCUGAUGARGAUGAUUAUCAGCAAAAAGCAGAAUCUCCAAUCCGUUAUGCAAACAGCGGGCGCUGUAAUGGAACCGACAGUCCAACAACUGUUAUUGUAUCACCAGGAGAUCACAUACAUGUAAAAGAUGAAUAUUUGUUACAGCCAGAUGACGAGUAUCUUCCUACACACUCACCAAAUGUGUUAUCAGAUGAUGGAGACAGCCCUACAAUGGUAAAAGAUGCAAGAAGAUCUUCAGAAGGAAAAUCAGACGUCAUGAAAAGAAGACGUGUUCACAAAUGCGAUUAUGAAGGAUGCACUAAAGUCUAUACAAAAAGUUCUCACCUUAAAGCUCAUCGACGCACGCACACAGGAGAGAAACCUUACAAGUGCUCAUGGGAAGGUUGCACAUGGAGAUUUGCACGAUCAGAUGAACUUACUAGACACUACAGAAAACACACAGGGGCAAAGCCCUUCAAGUGUGUCCACUGUGACCGGUGCUUCUCACGGUCUGAUCACUUGUCAUUACACAUGAAACGACAUUGAAUCAACAUCUUGAUGCCAAUCAUUCUGCAAUCUGUUGUUAUACACAGUAAGAUUCUACUCAUUUUGCUGUGAUAUCAUCAAGUGGAUUAUAGCCCAAGUCAGCCAGUGCUGCACUUCAACAUAUGUAUUCAGUUGCUAAGCACCAGACAGAAGAAGUCGAGGCCAAAGUACUUUGUGAUAAUUUCUCUUGUGGGUUCAUUUUGAGCARAGUACUUUAUUUUGUAUAUAUACAGAUAUCAUUCCUUUAUUUAGAAAUUCAAGAGAUAGUAUUUGGCCAGCAAUAUUUAAUUUCUAUAUAUUCGUAGUUUGCUUUGAAUAACAAAGAGAAUUUGUUUAUAAUUCUCCCAUGCACUUUAACUUUACCAAAUAUAAUUUCAUAUUUUUGUUUCUUGUUUGCUUUGUUCAAUGCAAUUCUUGAAAAAAAAAGAGAAAGUUCUCUUUUUAUUCUACUUAUACCUGUCAUACAAAUUUUUAAUUUUUACCUAUUUUGUUUAAUUUCUUUUUGUAAUGAAUAUUACAACUUGUUUUUUUUUUGCUGGCAGAACUGAUUGUUGCUUCACAUAACAUGUAUUAAUCAAGAAAGGACAAUGUAUUUGAAAAAUUUGAUAUCCAAUGAAUCAUUUCACUAAUGUCCACCAUGGGAAACAGCUUGGACUCCUCAAAGUACCAAUAACCCCUGAGAGUAUUCUUUCAGAACCAACUCAAUCAUUUUCUUCAGUGUGUACUUCAGAAGCCUUACAUUAGCUUUUUGAUGGUCAAAGGGUUUAGUAUUUUAGAAAUAUUCUUAUAUUUCAUGCACACAAAAAUCAACCUCACCAACCAUUAUAGUAGGGGUAUAGAAUGGUGUCUCAGAAAUUGUAAGACUCCCUACAAAUUUCYCAAGGCUCGCAAGCUUGGAGCUUAAAAGAAGGAUUGCUYGGGUUCGGAUUUUAAAAUGAGGGGCUCACAGGCUCMGUGAGGCUCUGAUUUUACCAUUUGAUACCCCUUGUAGUAUUARGUCUGUCAGAAUGUUCAUAGGUGCUAUUGGUACUUAAAAUGCAAUAUAGAUUGAGCAUAUAGUAUAUUAUAAAGAAAUAAUCCAAGGCAAUGGUAGUGGGAAUUCUAGCUUCAAUAUUUCAUAAUUUAGAUAAUUAGCAUAAGAUUACUUGGGAUGAUUUUGUGUCAUAAUAUGAAAAGUGUUUUAUAAAGUACUGUACAAUAUUUGCAACACUUUUGUGUCAUUGGAUAUCCAAAUAUGAGAAAAGUUAUGGUUAUGAGUCAGGGGUGUACUUAGAAGGGUGUCACAGGGUGUCUGUGAUCCCCCUUUUAAAGCAAAAUUAAUAUAAAAAUGUAUAAAUAGUAAUCUGACUUUUAAUGCAGUGUGAAGUAAUUUCCUCUAGACUUAAUUUAAUUAGCUAGUCCCAUUUUUCCCWCUCGACUGAUACUUUUGCAUUUAAAACAAUAGAUUUCUAUGAGAUCAUAUUGAUGUCAUAGUACAAUGAUAGUGAUAAUUUUUAUGCAAGGACCCCCAAUGACAAAUCCUGGAUAUGCACUUGUAGAUAACUGACAUUUUUUCCUUGUAUUUGAAAUCCAGAAAAUAUCAAUGAAUCAUGAACGUUAGCUAAUCUAGGAUACAUGUACAGUUGGUCACUACAUUGCCUUGCAAUAUGUGUUUUCAGUGUGUUUUUUGAUCCAGCAUUGGAAACAUUUUAGUGUGCAGUAAUGGAGUGAGCAAAAUCUUAGUUAAGUGAGGAGUGUUUGUAUGAAGUGCAUAAAUCCAUACAACAUUGAUUGGAUAUACCUUAUCCRAUGGAAAACUAACAUAUAAUAAUGAUAAAUAAAGCUUUCUAAAAAUUAAAAUAAAAAGUUAAAGUAGAUAAUAAUGCACUCUUCAUACAACCAGCUCCAAUCUGGCCAUUAUUAGUUCAGUUAAAAUAUUUUUACAAAAUAUAGUCCUCAAGUGAGACAUCAAGAAAGCAAUAUUUUUGUAAAUGGAGUUUGUUUCAAUAUUCUGAAAGAACAUAGUUUCCUAAUUUCAUUGUCCCAAGUGCCUGCAACUACAGAGGAAAUGUCAUGGCUUUUUUAUGGUUGAAUGGUUUAAGGUCAAUGCUUGUAAAUUUGACUUGAUUUAAAAAAAUAUAAAUGCUUUUUUUGUAUAAUAGCACACUUAGAGACUGUAAUCGUCUUUUCUUUCAGCAGUUAAAAGCAAAAUUUCAAAAAAUCUGACACUUUGAAUUCUUAAUGUCAUUACUUGAGGACUUAAGUCUGUGCUCGACCAUGCAAAAAAUAACUUUGCAUGUCUGAAAUUGUCAUUGAUUUAUAUUUGUAUUCAGGAGUUGUCGUCAUUUGAUCUUCACCUGUUUUUACAUAUAGAAUGGGGUCCAUGCAUAAACCAUUGUGUACUUGUGAAAACAAUAUUAAAAUUCUCUUAUUGGCAAAGAACAGGAUCUGGAAUUGAAUUUGUUAUAGAUUGGUGAUCAGAYGGAUCUUGGAUGUCAAUGUCCUUCACUCUUUUUAUCAUGUGAACUCUCAUGUAUGUCAAUGUAUUCCUUAUAGAAUAUUUUAGUGUAUUAUCUGAUGAUAAACUUUGCUUUCAUUUGAUUUCUACUAUAGAUAAGUAUAGGAUUUCCACUUUCAUUUACUCAAAAUGGUAGUUGUGAAAAAGGUGUCUAUUUAUCAACCCUAAUCUUACUAAACUGACUGACUGUACAGUAAUAAAACACAACUGACUUUUAGCUGGGAAACCAUCACAUGCUUAUCUUGCCUUUGUUUUGAGUGACUCAGCAGGUUAUAAAACAGCUUCAUUCRUGUUCCUACAAUAAAUGCAUUGCUGAUUUUCA